CACUCUGACAGACAGACUGGAUGCUCGGCAGCUGAGACCCACAGUUCUUCAUUUUGUGCACCAGAACUCACAGGAACAAUGAAGAAUCUCUUUCUGGCCUCCUGUUUGCUGCUGCUUUGGACCUUCACAGUGUUUGUCAGCUGUGAAAACACCGCAGACAUAACAGUGAACGAGCUCGCUGAGGGAAUUAAAGUGAUUUGUCCUGACAGUUACGAACCAAAAGAAACAAAAUUGGAAAAAAGAGACAACAACACCAAGGAGUACACAUGCACAAAGUCUGACACAGAGAAACUAAAAAUCUUUGUGAAGUUUCGCAGCUGUGACAACUGUGUAGAGCUUGACAUAAUGUCUAUAGUGGGCAUGGUCAUAGGAAAUGUGGUGGCCACCAUUGUGAUCGGAGUGGGUGUCUAUCUCCUCGCCUCUCAGACUCGAACCGGCCCCGUCGUCUCUAACAGAAAGAGUAAAAGCUCCGACAGACAGCAUCUUGUUUCUGAAAGCAGAGGACCGUCCAAUGACCACUACCAGCCUCUGAGGAGAGCUGGCCAGAGAGAUACAUAUGACGAACUCGUCCACAGAAAAUAA